AGGAAACACGCUCAGAUCCUGCGCAGAGGAGCGCGCUUUCGCCGGCUGAUAUUCGCGUUAACGGACUCAGACAUCCGCCAUGUCGUCUAUAUUGGGGACCGUCGCCAAACAGCUCAAGCACCACCCAGCUCUGAUCCCCCUCUUCAUCUUCAUCGGUGGCGGGGCAACUAUGAGCAUGAUGUACUUGGGCAGGCUGGCUCUGAGAAACCCCGACGUCUCAUGGGAUCGCAAAAACAACCCUGAGCCCUGGAACAACCUGGAGCCCACUCAGCAGUACAAACUUUUCACCGUUAACAUGGAUUACAGCAAGCUGAAGAAGGACAGACCAGACUUCUAGGCCAGCGUGUCUUUGCACCUGUGUCCCUGACGUUGCCAUAUGUAUGAGGAGCCGUUGCACUUUCUUUUUGCCAAAUACAAAUACACUCACGAUGUUGACUGAAGAUUGAAUCACAUUUGUGCAUUUCCAGCGUGAAGUGGGGGAGAGGGAUCAUUACCUUAAACACAACUCUAAAUAAAACAGGCAACCACCUGUUUUAUUUAGGAAUCUAUUUUUCUUUUUGCUGUGUUGUAAAUUAUUAAAACUAUUGAAAUCACA